AGUCACAAGGUUUGCUACAAAUUUUUUAAGUAUCCAAUGCUUACUGUUGUUUAAGAAAGAGCUUCGACAAAUGUUCACUUGUGAUAAGUGGAUUGUAUCAAGUUAUUCUAAAAGCAACAUAGGGAAGGAGAUAGUUGGGAUUGUUCUAGAAGAUAGAGAGUUUUGGGCUCAAUGUCAGUUUAUUGUAACAAUCAGUGAGCCUUUGAUUCGAGUACUACGACUUGUCGAUGGGGAUGAGAAGCCUGCAAUAGGAUACUUGUAUAAUGCAAUGGAGAAAGCCAAAGAGAAUAUAAAAGCAAGAUUGAAGAACAAAGUUUCUGCAUUUAUGCCAUUCAUCAGGGUCAUUGAUGCUAGGUGGGAUAAGCAGCUUCAUAGUCCAUUACAUGCAGCAGGUUGUCUUCUUAAUCCUGGAAUUUACUUUAACCCUUGCUUUAAAAGUAAAAAUGAUGUUUCUAGAGGGUUUAUGACUUGCGUUGUAAAGAUGGAACCUGAUAUUGAUAAGCAAGAUGAGAUCAUUCAACAAAUUGACAUGUAUAAGAAUGCAAACGGUGAUUUUGGACAACCUAUAGCAAUACGCCAGCGUGAAAAAAGUAAUCCAGUUGCAUGGUGGGGUACUUUUGGAAAUGAGUUUCCAGCUCUUCAAACGUUUGCAAUCCGCAUAUUAAGUCAAUGUUGUAGUGCAACUGGCUGUGAAAGAAAUUGGAGUACAUUUGAAUUUAUUCAUUCAAAGAAGAGGAAUAGAUUAGAGCAUAAACGUUUGAAUGAUUUAGUAUUUGUUCAUUAUAACUUGAAGCUUCGUGAAAGGUAAACUUUUUCAAAAAUAAUGUUUUUAAUUGUUGAAAAAUAUGUAAUAUUUUCACUUACGUGUGACUUUUAUUUUGGCAGAAACAUAAAGAGGGGAAGAGAUGCUUUGGAUCCAAUCAAUCUUGAGAAUAUUGACUUGAUGGAGGAAUGGGUAGGUGAAGAAUCAGAGCUUAUUGAUGGAGAAGACUUGGAUUGGGGAAGUAUUGAGGAGCCAUUAGCCUCACAAAAUUUGGAAGAAGGUGUUAAUGUUGGUCUUGAUAUUGAUGAUGAUGGUGGUGACAAUGACAUUGACGAAAAUAUUUUGAGUAGCUUUGCUAAUGUUGAUCCUUUUUGUCUUAUUGAUGAAAAUGAAUGAUUACAGUUGGAUUGAGAACUUAUGAUAUUUUAUUUAGUUUUAUAAAUGUGUGUUUAAGACUUGUAUUCACUAUGGAGAAAUAUUAUU